CUCACUUCUGGCCUACAGGCUCAGGCUCUUCUCUCAUUCCAAAAAGCGUCUACUCUUUUUUCUCUCUUGCUUUCGUCAUCUAUCCAGCUUUUGGGGCUUUAACUGGAUUUUCAUCUGGAACUGCAAUCAUCCUGUCAUCAGGUCCGCCUCUUUGCUGCGGUGCUUAUCCAUCCAUCCAUCCUAUCUCGUCUCAUCCAGACUACAGAUGAGAAAUCUCCAGUACCACGAGCAUCCCACCACCAAUUCAACAACCGAAGAGAGAAUGAAAGACAGCCACGAAAUGCAUCGCGCAGCAUCGCCACCUUCACCUCCACCUCCACCUCCGUCAACAUCAUCGUCGUCGUCAUCUCCUCCUCCUCUCCGAUUCACUCACGCCCUCAACAACAAACACAGCACAGCCACGCCUACCUCCCCGACAACCAUACCCACAACUACCACAGAGCAGAUCUACAAUAUGAUGAUUACGGCCUCGACCCCCACCCCAACCCCAAGCCAUAACCAUCUCCCAUCCCACCAUCCCAAACGAACCAGCAUACACCACCACCACCACCACCACCACCACAUACCCCCCCACCCAAUCACCAUCCCGCCCCGCCACCGCGAACUCUCCCUGACGGAUAGCGAAAUCAGCAUCCUGGAUCUGGGGCCCAGCCUUCUUGUCCUGGGCGAGGAAGGGGAGGGAGACGGAACCCCUCGGGAGAUGUAUUCGCUGGUCUAUGAUCGAUAUCCUGAUACCCUUGAGGAGGGGACCGGGAGUUGGGAGGGUGGCAGUUCGUUCACGUGGGAGAAGGCGGAUGGAGAAGGGAUGGGAAGUCGGAUGGGAAGAGAUACGCCUGUUCUGCGGGAGGGAAAGGGCAAGGGCAAGGGGAGGAUGGAUUUUGCGGAUGUUGCGGAUGCUGCUGCUGCUGCUGAGCGGGAAUGGGAUGGUGACGGGGACGCGGGAUUGGAGGCGCAUGCUCAUCCUUCUUCGGGUUCGGCGAGUUCGGGUGGUGAUACUGGCGGGACGGGGGGGGUGUUGGUCUGUGGUUGGUAUAUAGUAGAAGUUUUGUUAAUCUAUAUGAUCCUGAAGUAG